GCAAUCCAUACUCUCCUCCUCUCUCAGAAUUCAAGAAAAAUGUGAAGGAACAAUGGAGGAUUUUCAGGAGGAACAAUGGAGGAUUUUCUGCCAAUUAUGGCGAAGAAAUUGGGGGAACCCGAUUUUAUGAAGGAACUGUGUAAAGGAUUUCGUCUACUGGCGGAUCCACAACGGAGAUUGAUCACCGUCGACAGUCUGAGGAAAAAUUCUGCUAUUUUAGGGGUGGAAUCUCUGACAGAUUCGGAAAUAGAAGCGAUGGUGCAGGAAGGGGAUUUAGAUGGCGACGGAGCUCUAGAUGAGCAUGAGCUUUGCGUUCUUAUGGUUCGACUCAGCCCUUCUUUCAUGGCGGAGGCUGAAAAUUGGCUACAGGAAGCCCUGCUCCAUGAAUUGGAAGAAACGUUUAAUGUCUGUAAAGCUUAAAAUUCAGAAAAAAUAUUCAUUUUUGCAUAUAUUUUUGUUACA